CACCACAAACCGAAUCACCGAAACCCACAAAGACAAGAAACAGCACGAUGAAGUUGACAUUCAAGGAUCUCAAGCAGCAGAAGUUCGUUAUCGAGGCCGAGCCUUCGGAGACGAUCGGCGAAGUCAAGUCAAAGAUCUCGUCCGAGAAGGGCUGGGAGCCGUCGACACAGAAGCUCAUCUACUCGGGUAAGAUCUUGCAAGACGACAAGACAGUUGAGUCGUACAAGAUCGAGGAGAAGGGUUUCAUCGUCUGCAUGACGUCCAAGCCCAAGGCUGCUCCUUCGAAACCCUCAGCGCCCGCAACCCCAGCUCCUGCCGCCCAGGCCGCAACCCCUGCCGCUCCUCAAGCACCGACCUCGUCUUCUACCUCCACCUCUGCUCCCGUCCCUGCUACCCCCUCUCCCGCCGCCGCAAAUGAAGGUGGCCGCUUCAACGAUCCUUCAGCGCUGACCCUUGGCGAGGAGCGCGCUUCGGCCAUCUCUAACAUGGAGGCCAUGGGUUUCCCUCGCGCCGAAAUCGACCGUGCCAUGCGCGCUGCUUUCUUCAACCCCGACCGUGCCGUCGAGUACCUUCUGAACGGCAUCCCCGAGAGUGCUCUGCGUGAGCAGGAGCAGCAACAGCAGAACCAGCAAGCCGCUCCCAGACAAAGCCAGACCCCUUCCUCAGCCCCCGCUGCUGCGCAACCUACUGGUGGUGAAGCAGAGGGUGUCAACUUGUUCGAGGCCGCCGCUCAGGCUGGUCAAGGCGGUGGUCGUGGAGCCGCCCGCGCAGCUCAACCCGCUCAGGGUGCUGAAACUGGACUUGGUGCAGGUGGUGAUCCUCUGGAGUUCCUUAGAAACAACCCCCAGUUCCAGCAACUUCGCCAGCUCGUUCAGGCUCAGCCUCAGAUGCUGGAGCCCAUCCUUCAGCAAGUUGCUGCUGGUAACCCCCAGAUCGCACAGCUCAUCGGCCAAAAUCCCGAAGCCUUCAUGUCGCUUCUCGCUGAGGAUGUUGACGACGAUGCCGCUCUGCCCGCCGGUGCCCAGGCCAUCAGCGUUACUGAAGAGGAGAGAGAAGCCAUCGAAAGACUCUGCCGUCUUGGUUUCGAAAGAGAUCUUGUCAUCCAGGCCUACUUCGCAUGUGACAAGAACGAGGAGCUCGCAGCCAACUUCCUCUUCGAUCAACCAGAGGACCCCGAGGAGCAAUAAAAUUGUCGCCUAGACAGAGUAGGAUGAUAUCCCGGCCGUUCUUGCAGUCAAGGCGGCCAUACACGAUGGUCACGACGCUUUUGCUUUUCUAAUUCACAAUGUCCAAAAGGACUCGGUACAUAGCGCGGAGAAAUUGAUUUCGCUCAUCUCAAGUGUUUCUAUUGUGUUGGACAACGUUUUGAAACUGCCUUUAAUUUCGGUUUUGAAUGGUUGUUCCCAGCUUCAAGUCAUUACUAGAAAUCUCAUUUCGAGUUCUUUUCUUCAACGAGUGAAUUUAGUGGUGU